AUGGCACCUCAGGCAAAGCGAAGAAAAAUUGACAGUGAAACUGAAGAAAUCAAUUUUGAUCCCGCAGCCAGACAUGAAUUCUUGACGGGUUUUCACAAGCGCAAAGUGCAGAGAAUCAAAUUAGCACAAGAGCAUGCAGAGAAAAGAGCGCGGGAGGAGAGAAGGGAGGAACGAAGAAAGAUCCGCGAACAACGAGCAGCAGAAAUCGAACAAGCCCUCAAUGAAUCUCGAAAAAUGCUACAACAGAUCCGAGACGAUGCUGAAUCUCAAGAAAGUGACAACUCUGACUCCGAAGAAGAAGAAUGGCAAGGGUUCGUGGAACCUGCUCCGGUAGACUACGAAGAAGAAUACAUCGACGAAGACAAAUACACUACCGUUACGGUUGAAGAAAUGGGACUCUCGAAGGAUGCGCUUCACAAGAAAGAUACACCGUCUAGUGAUGUUGAAGAGAUAACACAUAAAGAAAAGAAGGAGGAAGUUCCACAAAAACCCAAGGCGACAAAGAAAUUUGGAUCAAAAUCAGGUGUCACCAAGAAAAAGAAGAAACAGUUUCGUUACGAGUCGAAAGAGGAACGCAAGGUUACAAGAAGAAAAGAGCGAAUCGGCAGUCGAAAGAAAGCGAGUUCUAGACGGGAGCGCUGA